AAAAGUUGCAAAAAACAAAGACUUGUGGAAAUUUUAAUGCUGGUGAAAAAAUAAGAAAAUUGAAUUAAACUAUUAUCGAAAUCAGUUAAAGUGGCAUACAAAUAGAGCAAAUGAUAGUCACGGUGAAUUACUAGAAAAUUAGUUUCAUGAAUGUUCAGCCUAUAUAAAUCAAGUGGAAGCAUCUCCAACGUACAGAAUCGAACAAAAGUCUUCUCAACAUCUACCAUUGUGCGCGAAAUGGCCGGAGUAGCGUUAGCCGUUAUUGUGGAGAAACUUAAUGAAUUCGCUCCGGAAAACCUAGCGGAGAAGUGGGACAAUGUAGGGCUGUUGAUUGAACCGUUUACUAAAAGGAAUAUUAACAAAAUUCUGUUGACCAAUGAUCUUACCGAGAAUGUGAUGAGUGAAGCUAUGGCAAGAAAUUCUGAUAUGAUCAUUUCAUACCAUCCACCAAUAUUUGCGCCACUCAAGAGAAUCACUCAAAAAUCCUGGAAAGAACGUAUCGUUUCGAUAUGUCUAGAAAACAAAAUAGCACUGUAUUCACCUCAUACCAGCUGGGAUAGUGUUACAAACGGUGUUAAUGAUUGGCUAGCUGCUACCUUACCAUUGGCCAGUGCUCAGCCUGUUCUGGAAAACCUAUCAAAUCCAUCAAUCGGAGCCGGAAGACUAUGUGUCGUCCAGGGCGAAUUAACCCUCGGUGCAGCCAUUGACCGAAUCAAAGCGUACACGAAAUUGAAAGACUUAAAAGUUGCUGUAGCUGUCAACAGAAAUUUAGAAUCCCCUAUCCGAACCUUUGCCGUUUGCGCUGGAUCCGGUACGAGUGUCCUCAAGGGCGUCAAGGCUGAUCUAUACAUUACAGGGGAAAUGUUCCACCACGAUGUGUUAGAUGCAAACCAUCAGAAUAUACAUGUAAUCCUACUCAAUCACAGUAACUCGGAAAGGGGAUAUUUACCGAUAUUCAGAGAAAUUCUACGCAACAUGCUGAAAGAAUAUCAAGCUAUUCAGAUUGAUGUCUCAGAGCAGGAUGCCGAUCCGUUGCAGACCUACUGAUUUCCGGUGUACCACUGGUAACACACGCAGCAAGACCCUGGCCAAUUGCAACAGCAGCAGCAGCAUCAGCAACUGCAGUCGCAAUUGGCCAGCGGUAGCGGCGCCAUCACCAGUGGCAAUCAUCCCAUCCAGUCAACCAAUGCCCAGCGACAACCGCAUGUCAAGCAGAAGAGAGUCGUUUGUAGCAACAAGAAGCGAAAAACUAAAUAAUCUUAUCCGGUUUCGGCGUAGACGGAACGAUAAAUAAAUUUACUCUAGAAGAGUCUACUAA